AAACACAGUUUUAUGGGGUUCAAUAUUUAUUCAAAGAAUAAAAUAUCGAAUCUGCAAUACAAGCUGGUUGAAUUGAGUGCUCCUAACAAAUUAUUAUUUUCACCUAGGUCUACAUGUCUAUAAAGGAUAAAUGUGUAUUCUUCUUGCAAGAUUCAUAUUAGAUUAGGUUAUAAGAUUAAAAGAAAUAAUACAACAAUUAAUUUAGUAAUUUUUAUUUCAAUCAUAGAUUCCCAUACAUACUAUAAACCUACAACUAGAUAACGUAAAAUGCAAUAUUACAUUUUUAACUGGCUGACUUUUUACACAAUAUUAUUUGUAAUGCUCAUGGUACCUACACAAAUGCACUAAACAAUAAAUGAAGCAACACCACUUUUAAGAAUAGUAUCAUCAACUUCUGUAAGAGUGGUCGCAGGCUCCAGGCUUUCAGCGCACACACUCUCAGCCUCAUGUUACUUCUUCUUAGUCAGCUUCUCAGACAAGUCGUCAAAGGUAGGGUCCUGGAGGUUGAUCAUCAAGCUGUUGCCAGGAAGGAAUACACGGUUUUGAGACUGGGCAAUCAUUCUAGAAAUGCUUUGUGCAGCACGGAUCUUCCUUAAUUUCAGGUAACCAGGGUUCAUUCCCAUUGCUUUUCCUAACAUUUCCGCUGCUUCAGCUUCUCCCUCAGCUUGUACAAUUUUUUGUUGACGCUCUUGCUUGGCUCUUUCUACUACGAAAGCAGCACGCUGAGCUUCCUGCUGGGCUACCUGCUUAGCUUCAACAGCCGCUGUGUAUUCUUUACCGAAGCUCAAUUCAGUCAGAGAUACAUCAUCCAGAAUAAUAUUGAAAUCAGCAGCACGUUCCACCAGCUCUCUUCUGAUCAAAAGCGAGACUUGUUGACGCUGAGUAAUCAGCUGUGAUGCAUUGAAUUUUGCAACCACAGACUUCAGUACUUCAUUACAAAUUGAAGGCAAUACUUUUUCAUCAUAGUCAGUACCGAGCUGUCUGUACAUGGUAGGGAGAGAGCUCGCAUCGGGACGGGACAAUACUCUCAAGGAAAUAUUAACCAUUUGCAAAUCCUUAGAUCCAGUAGGUGAUGAAAUCUUGCGAGGUCGGGACCUGAUGUCGUAAAUGAUGGGGUACUGGAACCAAGGAAUGCGGAAGUGCAUACCUUCACUCAUAACGUGUUGCUGUAUACCUCCUAUUCGGUUGAACAUGAUGGCACGGUGACCACCUUCAACGGUAAACAAGGAUUGUGAGAUACCAUAAGCUGCCGCACCUAGAACGGCCACUACUUUGAUUCCAGCGUUCAGGCCAGGAGGUCCACCCUUGGCAAAUUUGCCCGCCAUAUCGUUAAGCUUACUUUGUGCCAUCCUAGCGAUGUUUCCAAAUACGUAUUAUUACCAAAUUUUAAUACUUGAAACGAUUAUAAAUUCUAACCUAAAACAGCAGACCGAAAUCGAAUAAUUUUAUUGUGCAACGACCACAGACAAAAAGAAGAAUACAGAAAAAAAAAUUGGAAGCAUUUGGUUUAGUUUUUUGAAGUGUUCUACUCUCUCUGGUCAUUAUUCUAUUCAAAACUGUCUAUGACUGACUAAUUUGGUUAUCUGUGGUCUAUGAAUUUUGCAUGACCACAAUACAACAAAAUGUCAUUAUAGUUUUUUUACACUGACUGGUUGUGCAGUUGUGCAUUAGAAAUUCAGCUGAGGGAAAAAUGUCUGUUUUCAUAAAUUUUAUCUAAUAAUAUCAACCUAAUUCGUCUGUAAAAUAACUCGUAUUUGUAGUAGUACAUAAAUUGUGACUUGAUCGUGAUAUUUAUAACUAGUCAAGUAAAAUUUGUGAUCACAACAUCAUGGAUUCGUGUCUCGGAGUUGAACAGGAUUUAGACAAAGCUUUAUCGAAGUUUAAGUCUCUAAAUGAUAACUCGAAUAAAUUACUACAGAAUAUUAUAGACCAAGUAGAAGAAAUAAGGCAAGAAAUAACCAAACAAUCAAAUGACACUCAGCUGACUCCAGCACAGGCCAUGCUAAUUAGUGAUUUGGCAGCAACAGUCAAAGCGUCCACCUCUCAAAUGUCUACAGAUCACAGAGAACUGCAUGCAACAGUUUCAAGAGUUGGUAAAUCAAUAGACAGGCACUUUAUUGCUGAUUAUGCAUCAGUAGCUCCAAAGGCAGAGUCCUUCUGUAAUGAUGUCAACAGGCCCAUCAUGGAACAGGCUAUAGCUCAACAUUUGUAUAGGCAGGGUCUCGAAGAAGUGGGUGAUGCCUUCGUAUCGGAAGCGAAGAUAACGGGCGUGGAGCGCACUUGUACGUUUGCGUUGCUGCAACGUUGCGCGGCCGCGCUGGCAGAGGGCGACCCUAGCGCCGCUCUCAACUGGGCCGAACGCAGGGCCCAGGAACUCCAGAACUCCCCUCUACCAUUUACCUUACAUAGAAUGCAAGCUCUCAAGCUGGCCCGCGAGAAGGGCGUGGGCGCGGCGAUCGAGUACGCGCGGCGUCAGUUCCCGCUGCACGCGGCGCGGCACGAGCGUGCGCUGCAGGCCGCCGUCUGCGCGCUGGCCUGGUGCACGCCCGGCGCCCCGCCCGCGCCGCCCAUCUACCAACAUCUGCUCGACCCCAAGGCACUCGGCGCGGAGGCGGCGGAGCUGUUCGUGAAGGAGGCGUGCGGCGUGCUGCGGCUGGCGCCGCUGUCGCCGCUGGCCGGCGCCGUGCUCGCCGGCGCGCGCGUGCUGCCCGCGUUACACGACAUACGCGCCAAGAUGACGCAUCCACACGUCAUCGCGGCCUGGUCCGACGACGAACUGCCCUUCGAGGUGGACCUCGGCGAGGACGGUGGCGGCUACCACUCAGUGUUCGCGUGCCCCAUCCUGCGCCAACAAGCCUCGGAGCAGAACCCUCCCAUGCGUCUCCUCUGUGGACACGUCAUCUCCAGGGACGCUCUCAACAAACUCGCCAUGGGCGCCAAAGUCUAUCCGUUGAGAUUGAAGUGCCCAUAUUGCCCAAUGGAGCAGUCGCCGGCUGAAGCCCGGCAGAUAUACUUCUCGUGAAGUCACAACGUUGGAACAGUACCAAUACGGAAAAUAAUCAGUCUCGCCGAUAGCACAAGAGAAUGAACUUACCACAAAUAGUAUCAGUAACCACUCCAGAAUUUCUGCCAUUUCAUACCAUAUAAUAUGUUCGACUAUGAAGCUACCCUUAUCACUAGUACUUUGAAAAUAGGUGAAUAUCUAUCCAGAAUUGGAUAGUUAUGUGCUAACGUCAACAGUUCAUAAAAGUUUUAAACUGUGAUGCCAAACCACUAAUUCGGAUUAAGUGAAUACAUUAUUAACAACAACCAACCACUUUGAAUAUUUUUCAGUCAUUAUCUCGUUUUAUAUGAAUUUAGCGCGUACCUCGCAAGAGAUAAUAACAGCUAGAUUCCAUUACUACAUUACUGUAAAUUGUUUCGAGAUAUUCCGUAAGAUUUCUUACAUUCGUGAGGUAUACUCAGCUGCAGAUUAUGAUUAUUUAUUUUCAUAUCCACGUCAACAAUGACGUGUGAAAUAAUUAUACUUUCCUAAACUGCUGGGUAUUACGUAUAGGAGUUUGCUUCACUGCCACAACCAACAAAUAGUAUUCAACAUAUAUUAUUAAUUAUUAUUCUCUAAAUCUAAGUCGGUUCUCAAUAAUCUUUUUAACUAAGCAAGGCGCUACCACAAAAUCAAUCAAAGACUUUAGAAUUAGUAGCUUAGCAGGACUGAGAAGAAACAUUUUUAUAAAUGUCUUUAGCAUAUUAUUUUUAAAUUAGUGGUUUUUAUUAGGCUUAUUUUUUAUAUUUGACGGAUAAGAAAAUUUGAAAAUAAUGUUGCUAUGUGCUCAAAACGGCAGCAGAAAAAUUAGGGAAGCAUAAUUUUUGAUCCCAAUAUUUAUUUAAAUAGAUGACGUGUGAAUGAUUUUUUAAAACUGAAGUUAUUGUACUUAUAGUU